AUGGAAAUGAAAGAGGAACAAAUAGAAUGUAUUUAUACAGAAAAUAUUUUUGCUGAACCGUUAACUAUUGUGAAAUCUGAAAAUGAAUAUGACAAUUAUAACUUGUCUCCCUGUAUAGAAAUAUAUUCAACUGAAAUUAAUAUUAAAGAUGAACCUCAAGACGAAUUCGAUACUUCCUUAUUUCAUAGUCAAGGGACCAGUUAUCAAAGAUUUCAACAAAACAGUUUGUCUCAUACCAGAAACAAAUUAUCUAGUUGUAGCAAAGUGAUCCAGAACAAAAAAAGAAAACUAAAGAAAGAGUAUCAUUGCCCUGUAUGUUACAACAAUUUUACCCCAAGAAAGAUACAUCAACAUGUGGAUAUCCAUUUUGGGAAACAUCUUAAUAUAUGUAAGAUUUGCGGAAAGAUAACCUCCAGAACAUCUGAGUUUUUAACACACUAUUUCAUCCAUCGUAUAAAAGUAAAAGUAAAAAAUAAGUCAACUUAUAAGAAUACUUCUAAUAUUAAAAUUUUGUUAAAAUCGGCAUUAAGACAUAAUAAUCAUAUAAAAAAAUCGUCAAAUAAGGUUUUGGAAAGGAAAUUUGAAUGCAAAAAUUGUGGUGGUUUAUUUAAAAAUAAAAUUCAGUUAAAGAAACACAAAUGUUUAAAAAUAUGCUCCAAGAAAACAAGAAUCAAUAAAAAAUGUAGUAAAAACAGAAUUAAGCAGCCUUUAAAAUGUAAAAUAUGCUUUAAAAAGUAUAGAACCAAAUUUAGUUUAAGUAAUCAUUUAAAAAUACAUAAGUUAAACAUGUUAACAUGUCGUUUUUGCAAAAAUCUAUUCCUUAGGAAAAACUUCUUGGCUCAUAUAAGAACCCACACUGAACAUGGCACUUUUACAUGCUACUUUGAUUAUUGUGCUAAGAUAUUUCAGACACAAUUUGAUCUGGAAAACCAUUUAUUAUGCCAUAUGCCAAUAAAACGUUUCAAAUGUAAUAUUUGCUAUAAACCGUUUAUGGAACAGUCCCAAUUAAGUAGACAUUACACUUUUCAUGCUAAUAUCCAGAAUUAUCAGUGUACAAUUUGUAAGAAAGACUUUCCCGGAAAAAUACAUUUGGAUACCCAUAUGUAUGAACACACUGGUGUAAAGCCGUUUAUGUGUGAGUUUUGCUCGAAGGAGUUUGUUAGAAUAGACUCCUUAAAAAAUCAUCUUAAAAGGCACACAAAUGACAGAAAGUUUCAGUGUGAUGUUUGUCAGAAAAGGUUUAUUAGGAGAAUUACCCUGGUGGAGCAUUAUAGAAUACACACUGGCGAAAAACCAUUUAAAUGUGAGCAGUGUCCUAAAGCUUUCACUCAGAGAUCUAGAUUAAGAAUUCACAUUAAAGUUCAUUCUGAAGAAAAAACUAUUACCUGUGAAGUUUGCGAGAAAAAGUUUUUAUUCCAAUACCAGCUAAGGAGGCAUUUACUUACACACAAUGCGAAAAAGAGGUUUGAGUGUGAAAUUUGCUUUAAACAAUUCAUUGAGAAAAGAAAUCUAAAUGCUCACUUGUUGCUACACACUGGCGACAAACCUUACAAAUGCGAACUUUGUUCAAAAUCAUUUACUUGGAAACAUAAUUUAAGUCACCAUAUGAAAGUUCAUGAAGAAAAGGCAUUUCAGUGUAAUGUAUGCCAAGAAACAUUUUCUCGUUAUCAUAUUUUACAGACCCACUACCGGAUACAUACUGGCGAAGUACCAUUUAAAUGUGACUAUUGUUGUAAGGAAUUUAAACAGAAAAUCAGUUUAACCAAUCACGUUACACUUUGCCAUCCAGAUGAUGAUUCUUCUUGA